CAAACCUGUCGUUCAUUUAACGCGUUUUGCCAUUAUUUUAAAUUGUAUUUAUUUUAUAUUGAUUUUUAUAGUUUUUAGAUCUAGUAUUGAGUGAUAUAUUAGUGUUUAGUUUAAAUAGUGAUUUGCAUUCACUUCUCGGGAAACCGUUUUAAUUGUUUCAAAUUGAAACUCAAUAGCCAUAGAGUGUGUGUUUUAGGGAGAGUUUGAUCAGUGAUUUGUAGCUCACAUUUGGACAUCAAUUAUGAUUAAAUUGUUUUCAUUGAAAUCACAACAAAACCAGGCGUCCGGACAGUCGGGUCAGACCCCCAGAGGACGCAAUACCGCCGCACAGAUCCGCAUCACUAAAGACAUUAAUGAGUUAACGCUUCCCAAGAACUGUGUGAUGGUUCCCGACCCGGAGGGGGAUCUCUUGAACUUCAAGAUUAUCAUCUGUCCCGACGAGGGCUUCUAUAAGGGCGGAAAGUUCUCGUUUAGUUUCAAAGUAUCGCAAAACUAUCCGCACGAACCGCCAAAAGUGAAGUGCGAGACCCGUGUCUAUCACCCGAACAUCGAUCUCGAGGGCAACGUUUGUCUCAACAUUUUGCGCGAAGACUGGAAACCAGUGCUGACCAUCAACUCAAUUGUCUAUGGCUUACAGUAUCUGUUUCUCGAGCCCAAUCCGGAGGACCCCCUAAACAAAGAGGCGGCGGAAGUGCUGCAAACCAAUAGACGUCUAUUCGAGUCCAAUGUGCGGAAAGCUAUGGGCGGCGGACAGAUAGCCAACACUUACUUCGAUCGAUGUUUAAGAUCAUAACAACAAACACUUCUCUUAUGUUUUUGUCAGCAAAAAGUUAAACGAUUUCCCGAUUAUUUCAUUGAAUAUUAUUAUACAAAUUAAAGGCU